AUAAAGGGCUUGCGUGUUGCUUGGUCCGGUCACAUAUGUGAAGCACAAAGCGCGAAUCGACAUCCACUCGACGCGCACGCUUCGCUUUUUCCCCAACGGAUCUCGUUCCCCAGUCUUAAAAUGGCCUAUUUCAAAUGGACUCUUUGCGCUUUUGUAUUAGCUGUUCUAUGCCUGUCAACAAAUUAUGUUGCAGGUGAAAAAAACGAGGAAAAAUCCGAAAAGUCAACGCUACUUCAAGAAUUGAGCAAAAAGGACUUUGACAAAGAGUUGGCGGCAGACGAAGCAAUCGUCUUGGAACUUUUGAAAGAGAAAGCUGAUGAUCUGGAUGAAGAAUCUUUACUUGAUCUCUUGGCUCCGCGCGGCGGCCGUGACGCCCCUAGGGGAGGACGAUCUCUUUUAGACGCCCCACGAGGUGGUAGAUCCUUACUGGACCUUCUUGCAGCCCCUCGAGGGGGGAGGGAUGCGCCUCGUGGUGGACGUUCCUUAACCGAGCUACUAAAUGCACCGAGGGGAGGACGAUCUCUAGCCGAUUUACUCGACGCACCCAGGGGAGGACGAUCUCUAGCCGAAUUACUCGACGCACCCAGGGGUGGGAGGUCCAUUGAGGCACCAAGAGGCGGCAGGUCCCUUGCCGAGUUACUGGAGGCCCCUCGCGGCGGCAGGUCCCUUAUUGAGCUUCUGGAAGCCCCUCGCGGUGGAAGAUCCGUAGAGGCCCCUCGGGGAGGACGCUCCAUCCUUGAACUGCUGACGGCACCACGCGGAGGUCGCUCUGCGCCAAGAGGCGGACGGUCUGCUGAGAAGUCGGACGCCAUUCACAAGGAGAAGAAGGCACCGCGCGGUGGCAGGAAGCGGAGGUCCCUCCCAGAGGAAGAGAUGGACGGCCCCCGCGGAGGAAGGUCUGCAGUGAGUGGUCGGUCGUCCGAAGAUGGCCCAAGAGGCGGACGGGCAGUUUACGGUCCCCGCGGGGGUCGCUCGUUUGAUGGGUCUCGAGGAGGGAGGUCCUAUGACGGCCCACGUGGAGGACGCUCCAUGGAAAAUGGUCCCCGUGGUGGCAGAGCCACUGAAUUUGGUCCCCGAGGUGGACGGUCGUAUGAGGGCUCCAGGGGAGGACGUGAGAUUGAUGGGCCACGUGGUGGCAGAAGCUUCAAGGAAGGUCCACGAGGAGGAAGGGCUGUCGAAGGACCACGCGGAGGAAGGGACCUCUACGAGGAGGGACCCCGUGGUGGAAGGGAGGUUUACCUAGAAGGACCACGCGGAGGAAGGGACCUCGUCCUAGAAGGACCACGCGGAGGAAGGGACCUCUACGAAGAGGGACCCCGUGGUGGAAGGGAAGUUAACCUGGAAGGACCGCGGGGGGGAAGAGACUUGUAUGAAGAAGGGCCUAGAGGUGGGAGAAGCUAUGAUGGCCCCCGUGGAGGGCGUAGUGCAGUUUACGGUCCUCGAGGCGGAAGAGACGCAAAUGAUGGACCUAGGGGCGGAAGAGACGCAAAUGAUGGACCUAGGGGCGGAAGAGACGCAAAUGAUGGGCCUAGGGGCGGAAGAGACGCAAAUGAAGGACCUAGGGGCGGAAGAGAUGCAAAUGAUGGACCUAGGGGCGGAAGAGAUGCAAAUAAAGGACCAAGGGGAGGAAGGAACACAAACGCCGUGGGAGCACAACAAGCAGACGCUAGGCAGGGACAGAGAGGAGGGCGAAGUACCGGAAUGGGCCCCCGCGGUGGGAGAAGCGUUAGCAGCGAAAAGGACAACAGACAUUAAUAAGAACCUGAAAGAAAUGAAUUAUAAGAUGCAAGAAGUGUUGUAAAAUCCUGGGGUUUACAAGAAAAUGUAAACAAGCAGGACAUGUUUUACAAUAUUUUAGCGGUAACAAAUUCAAAGAAUAUACAGUAGAUAUCAGAUCGUUAUUUUAUUGUAAAGGAGAUAACAAAUUGCAGUACAAAGAACACUGAUUUCUUCACAUGCAUGCACAGUUUUGGAUUAGUGAAUUAUAAUUUCUUGAAUCCAAAUAGAUGAUAGUCAUGUGGGCACAUUUCGACAGUAUUUGGGCUGGGUAAGGGCUCAGCUUCUCAACAUCCGCGUCAGAAUAUGUGUAGUUAUGUAUAAUUAUGAUGCAAGUGAUGCCAAUAAAGAAUAUAUGUCCCACUAAA